UCUGCUCCUUCCAUCAUUUCUAUUGAUUCCCUUCACCCUUAGCAAAUCAAAAUCCAAUAUGUCUCCGGCGUGUGGCGAGCUCCACCUGCCGUCCUCCACAGUCAGUGGUGGUGGUGGUUCUGGAGAAAUUAUGUUGUUUGGUGUCAGAGUAAAAGUUGACCCCAUGAGGAAGAGCGUCAGUAUGAAUAAUCUUUCUGAUUAUCCGCGAAUUGUUAGUAAUAACAAUCAGAACAUCAAUGAGAACUCGAACAUGGCGGUGGAGGAUGGUGGCGCCACCACCUGUUAUGCUUCCGCCGAUGACGCCGCGCUGCAGCCGGCUGGUGGGAGUCGUGAGCGUAAACGAGGAGUGCCAUGGACGGAGGAAGAACACAAGCUAUUCCUCCUUGGAUUACAGAAGGUAGGAAAAGGAGACUGGAGGGGUAUCUCUAGAAAUUAUGUCAAAACUCGUACGCCAACCCAAGUUGCCAGCCAUGCCCAAAAAUAUUUUCUCCGUCGAAGUAACCUCAAUCGACGUCGCCGCCGUUCUAGCCUAUUCGACAUCACCACUGACUCGGUUAAUGCAAUGCCGAUUGAAGAGUGUAAAGGCCGUCAAGAUGGCACGUCCCAGCCAGUUCUGCAGCCAAUCUCUCUAUCCCCACCGGACAGUUCCAACAUCAGUGGAUUCUCGGUCGUGCCUUUCUCGGUGACCAUUGGUCCAGUUUUGUCACCAAUGCAAGUUGAAAAUCCAAUUGAAAAUCCCCCUCUCAGCCAACACGAUCAAACGAAUAAUUCAUCUGCCCUACUCAUUCAUCCAGCUUCUGUUCUUCCCAUGUCAACUGCCUCAACAGUUAUUGAUCUUAACCAGAAUGUCCCAACCGGGUCAUCACCAUUAUCUUUGAGUCUGUCAUUGUCGUCUGGUCAGGAUAGGGAACGGUCAUCUUCGACAAGGUACUCAGUAUUCCAGGUGAUGUCAAGCUUCAAAAAUGGAGAUAGCAGCAUCAUUAGUGUUGCUUGAGGAUGACUAAUUCGAGAAAUACAAUUGGAAAAGAAGGGUCGAUCGUAAUUAGAGAGGUUCAAUUGAGAAAUAGGUUAAGUAAUUAGUUUAACUACUCUUGGAUCUUUUCUUUGUACAGACAUGAAAAUAUCAUGUUUUAUUGUAUUUCUUGUUUUAUGCUACUGUCUUAGGUUAUUGCUUGUC